AUGGCUGAGGAAGCCCCUUAUCGUCGGCCUGGGAGCCUUGACUUUGGGCGGAUCGAAUCGCUUCUGGCAGCUCGUGCCUCGGCGUGUGAAGAUGAUAUCUGGGCUCUGAGGGAGGAUCCCGGUUAUUUCUCCGAUCAGAUGUUGAUCUACCGCGAGCACAGACAAGAGUUGAUCCCCGACACUCGCGGACAACCCCAUCCAGUUUUCAAGGGCCAAAUGUCCGUAUUCUGGGAGCGUGUCAUUGGCAACACAUUACUAUCAUCCCACGUUCAACUCGAAGUAUUCUCCGAGCUGCGGCGCCAGGCCGAAGAGCUGAGAAAACUCCAGGCCAAGUACGAGGGCAAACUUUCGCCGCUCAAAGACCUGCCGGAAGACUAUCUCCUAGGAAUCCUACGCUUCCGCCACUUCAUCAACCAGCUUGCCAAAGAAUGGCUGAACGACCUCAAGACGAGUGUCGUGGCCUCGCCUCCACUGCGCAGUUGGUUUGUUCGCCAGCCUGCCCAAGAUAUCAAGAUGAUCCUGAUCCAGGGCAAGCCGGGUCACAAGAAAGCCAAGGUGGAAGGGGAACUACUUUGGCUUCUGCAGACCUUGUGGGAGGAUGGCCAGAAUCUCUUGUUGGCCCGAUUGCCGGAUAUCGUGGAUGAGCUUGAGCGCUUGAUUAGCACAGAGCCGCGGGCCCGGGAACUGGUGUCUGGCUACAUCGCUGGACGUAUCGGUGACUUGUCCAUCCUCUGCGAGUGUCUUCGGCAGGUCAACAUUUACCAGCCGUGGGCGAACGGAUAUGAGAGUGCUCUGAUGGACAGAGAGAAAAGCAUUAACAAGGACCUUGAGGCUUGGAAGGACACUUGGAUUGGCGUCCUGAGGAUGUUCAAGUCACGGCCUGUGUGCGAUAGCUUCACUCUUGCGGAGCCGAGAGACAAAAGAUUCUUUUACCCCGUCGAGAAGCGCCGAACUAAGGAGACUGUCGACGCUUUGCGGCAAGCUGAGGCCAACCUUGAUGCAUUUUGGGGCAAGAUCGAUAUUUUUCUUAAUGCAAAGGCCGGGGAUAUUAGUAGAAGCGCGUUGCGGAAGUUGCUUUCUCGAGGCCGCACCCUGCAGCGAGCACCAGGAUGGGUUGCCCCGGCCGUCCCCGACAAGACAAAGACAUCGAAAUCAGCUCCAGUAUCAAUCGAUAACGACUCCAUUUACCGUCCUCUCUCAACUCUGUACUUCGAACUAGAAAAUCCGCCAAGGUCAACCUCUGCACCAGCCGCAUCCCAAUCCAAAACCAAAGGCAAGACCCGCGGCACAGCCUCACAAAAUCCACCGCCAUCCGUCGAAGCCCGCCUCAACACCCUUACUCUCAACCCCGACAACCUCCUCGACGCCCAACCCACCUUCGCGGUCGACGCCCGCGCACUCAAGGUCUUCCGUGCUCUCUUCUUCAGCCCCGCCGUGACGUCCACUCCCGGAGAAGUCUCCUGGACCGACUUCUUACACGCCAUCACCACCGGCGUCGGAUUCCGGGCGGAGAAGCUGUAUGGGUCGGUCUGGCACUUCCAGCCGCCGAGCACGUUGGAUGUAGAGCGGACUAUCCAGUUCCAUGAGCCGCAUCCCGUGGGCAAGAUCCCGUUUCGGACGGCACGGAGGAUGGGAAGACGGUUGGUGAGGUCGUAUGGGUGGUGGGUUGGGAGGUUUGUUCUGAAGGAGAAAUGA